AUGCAGCACGGUGGUUACCGGAUGUGCCCGACGCUCGCUUUCUCUCCGGCGGACCCGAAACCCUAUUUUCCGGUUCCGAUCUGGUGUUUUAGUGUUCCGUUGAAGAUGUCGGCCGCCGCAAUCUGCAUACCCAAAGACGACCCGACCCAUCCUCUGGGUGACGACGCUCACUUCAUCCACGCCGAGAGCGGGACCGUCGGCGUGGCCGACGGCGUCGGCGGUUGGCGGAGGCACGGCGUCGACUCCGGCGAGUACGCCCGCCAGCUCAUGCACAACUCUUUCCUCGCCGUCCAAUCUGGCGGUGGCGGCGGCGGCCCAAAAACUGUCUUGGAGGAGGCUUACCGGAGGACCACCGUGAGUGGCUCCUCCACCGCGUGCGUGGUGGAUCUGUCGCCGGACGGCGUUCUCCGGGCGGCGAACAUCGGGGACAGUGGUUUCGUGGUGGUGAGGGGCGGGCGGGUAGUGUACCGGUCGCCGGUUGGCCGGCGGUCUUUCAACUGUCCGUACCAGCUGGGGAUUACAAAAGACGGGCCAGAAGUGGCGGAGGAGAUUGAGGUGAAGGGAGUCGAGAGGGGUGACGUGGUGGUGGUGGGGACAGAUGGGCUUUUUGAUAACGUGCACGCGCGGGAGAUUGCAGAGGUUGUGGGCCAGGUGGGCCCGAUGGGCCUGAAUGAUGAUGUUGACCUGGCGGAGAAGUGUUGCUAUUUGGCGAAUAUGGCGUUGUACAACUCGUUCGAUAGGUACAAUGGUGAGACGCCGUUUGCGGAGGAGGCUCGGAGGGCGGGGAAGGAGAGGAGAGGGGGGAAAGUGGAUGACAUCACGGUGGUCAUUGCUAGGAAAAAGAAAAAAACAAAGAUGGCCCCAACGAUGAAGAUGAAUCUGGACCGUCUCCUCCGCAAAACCCUAAAAGCCCAAAAUCUCCCGUCACCAACCGCCGCCGAGUCAAAGCUGACGUUGCGCGCCGCUUCUCACUACAUCCCCAAGGAAAACCCCUCCAAGCCCCUCGGCGAAGACUCCCACUUCAUCUCCGCCGACCCUCCCGUCAUCGGCGUGGCCGACGGCGUCGGCGGCUGGUCGGCCCACGGGGUCGACGCCGGCGAAUACGCCCGCGAGCUCAUGGCCCACGCGGCCCGCGCCGUGGGCCCCGGCCCAAUAGUCGGCCCAAAAGACGUCCUCCUAGAAGCCCACUCGAAGACGAAAUCGAGAGGCUCCUCCACGGCCUGCGUGGCGGCCCUCGACCACCGGAAUAGUAUCCUCAGGGCGGCGAAUCUCGGGGACAGCGGGUUUGUGGUGGUCCGUGGCGGCCAGAUCGCCUACAGAUCGCCGGUCCAAGUGCACGGGUUCAACUGGCCGUACCAAAUGGGGGAAGGGACCAGCGGGCCCCAGCGGGCCGACGAGUUGGCGGUCGGAGUCAAGGGCGGUGACGUGGUGGUCAUGGGGACUGAUGGGCUGUUCGACAAUGUCUUCAAAGAGGAUAUAGCGGCGGUGGUGGCGGCGUGCCUAAGGAAUGGUGAAGGCCCGGAGGCUGCAGCCCGCAUGCUAGCUGAGGUGGCGAGGCAGAAAUCGCUCGACCGGAAUCUCUUGAGCCCGUUCGAGGUGGCGGCUUAUGCAGCUGGGGUCAAGCGUUUCGGGGGGAAAUAUGAUGAUGUCACUGUCGUCGUCGCUUACAUGGCCCCGACGGUGAAGAUGAAGCUGAUCCGUCUCCUCCGCAAAAUCCAAAAAGCCCUAAAUCUCCCGCCACCAACCGCCGCCGAGUCGAAGCUGACGUGGCGCGCCGCCUCUCACUACAUCCCCAAGGAAAGCCCCUCCAAGCCCCUCGGCGAAGACUCCCACUUCAUCUCCGCCGACCCUCCCGUCAUCGGCGUGGCGGACGGCUUCGGCAACUGGUCGGCCCACGGGGUCGACGCCGGCAAAUACGCCCGCGAGCUCAUGGCCCACGCGGCCCGCGCCGUGGGCCGCGGCCCGAUCUGCCCGAAAAACGUCCUCCUAAAAGCCAACUCGAAGACGAAGUCGAGAGGCUCCUCCACGGCUUGCGUGGCGGCCUUCGACCAGCGGAAAAGUAUCCUCCGGGCAGCGAACGUCGGGAACAGCGGCUUCAUGUUGCUCCGUGGCGGCGACAUCCGCUGCAUGUCGGCUUUCCAAGUGCACGAGUUCAACGUGCCGUACCAAAUGGGGGAAGGGACCAGCGGGCCCCAGCUGGCCUACGAGCGGUCGGUGGCGAGGCGGCAAUCGCUCGACUCCAAAUUUUUCACCCCGUUCGAACUGGACGCUUUUGUGGCCGGGUUCCAUGAUCAUCGCGGCGGAAAGUAUGAUGAUGUCACAGUUGUCGUUGCUUACGUCGGUUUAGGGAAAAGUUGA